AUGUAUGAGUUAGGAAAUAAGAAUAAUUUUGACUUAAAAAGAUGGGUAAAAGUGUAUAGAGUUUGCAUAAUUUUAAAUGUAAUAUUGGCAGUAUUACAAUUAUUUACCCCUCGGCCGUUUUUAUUUAUAUCUCAUUUAGUUGUAGUCUUUAUUGGAAUUGACUGCUUUUGUUCCUAUUUAACGUUUAAGUAUUUUUGUUUUACUGUGGUAAAUAUGAUAUGUGGAAUUAGCGAUUUCAUAUGGUUACUUUUCAAAUGUAUUGGAAAAAAUCGAUUUAAAUGGUUAGACCCACAAUAUUACUGGAAAAUCAUAAAUAUUGACAAUAUAUUUCUUGAAUUUUUCUCAACCUCUUUGCAUUAUAUGUUUGAUGAAAAAAAAGAAGAAACCUCACCUCAAAAUAUGCAAAAGAAAUAUGAGUAUAUCAAGAAUUUUUUUAAAUUAUUGCCCGUUCAGAAAAAAACAUACGCAUGGAAAAUUUAUUUAGAAUUACUUAUAAUUGUUGUUGGCAUCUUUUUAUAUUUUAUUGGUUCAUAUAUAAGUUGGCAGUUAUAUAAAUAUACACUAAAUUAUAAUCAAAACGAUUUAUUGUUUCAUAAUUAUCAUUACGGUACUUUUCAUGAAGAAAAUAAUAAAAAUUCGCCAUCGACACAAAAUGAUUUUAUCCCAUUUAUUGGACAGCCAUACAGAAUAUCAGACUUCUUGGAAAAGAGUUAG